AUGGCAUCGACUUUUGAUUUCAUUGUCGUCGGAAGUGGACCGGCUGGUAGUGUUAUUGCCUCCGGCCUUGCGCGCACUCCAAAGAGUCCCAAGGUGCUCCUCCUUGAGGCCGGAGGCAAGAAUGAUGACCGCAACCUCCGCGUCGACGGGCAACGGUGGUUGACCUUCCAGAACAAACCCAUGAAUUUCGGCUACAAGACAACCGCCCAGGAGAAUCUCAACAACCGCGAGAUCGACUACUCGCGCGGAAAAGGCAUUGGAGGUUCCAGUGCUAUCAACUUUGGCGUCUACAGCGUCGGCGCCCGAGACGACUAUGAGGAGUGGGCGAGGAUUGUGGGUGACGACGACUACCGGUGGGAACACAUCCAGGCCCGGUAUAAGAGCCUGGAGACCUUCCACGGUGACAUCCCGCCCGGCGUCGACAAGAAAUACGCUGCCCCAAAAGCUUCCGACCACGGCAGCUCCGGCCCCCUCCAUGUCGGGUUCGCCGCGGAGUGGGAAAGAGACCUGCCGCCAUUGCUUGAUGUCUUUGAACAGGCUGGAUUUCCUUUGAACCCAGACCACAACUCCGGUAACCCAAUUGGCAUGUCCGUGUUGAUUAACUCUGCUUACAAGGGUGUCCGCUCCACGGCAGGAGACCUGUUGGCAUCUCCGCCGGAAAAUCUGACCAUUGUCACCGACGCACCUGUGCAGCGAGUGAUCUUGGAAGGCAAGAAGGCCGUAGGCGUGGAAUCGAACGGCAAGAAAUAUUUCGCUUCCAAAGAGGUCAUUUUGUCAGCAGGAGCUCUCGACGCGCCGAGGAUCCUCAUGCAUUCUGGCAUUGGACCUGCAGAGCAGCUGGAGAAAUACAACAUCCCCGUCGUGCACAACGUUCCCGCCAUUGGCAAGGGUCUUCGCGAUCACAGUUUCAUUCCGCUGGUUUACACCCGGAAAGACAACAGCACCGACCGUGCUGCCUUCUUUGGCGAUCAGAAAGCGAUGGAUGACGCUCUCGAACAGUGGAAGCGGGAAGGGACCGGACCGUGGGCCAAGUUUGCCUGUGAGUUGGGUGUUGGCUGGUUCAAGCUGGACCGGCUCGUUGCAUCCAAGGAGUUCCAAGAGCUCCCGGCCGAGGAGAAGAAUUAUCUGUUGCAAGAAACCGUACCUCAUUAUGAGAUCCUGACCCAUUUCCCUGUUCACUGGUUUAUCCCGAAUUUCCCCAAGGACGCUCUCAGCUAUUCAUGUCUGCUUGUCUUCCUGUACAAUGCUCAGAGCCGGGGAGAAGUCACAUUGCAGUCGUCUGACCCCAAUGUGCCUCUCCGCUUUGAUCCCAAAUUCUUGACACACCCGUUCGAUCGCCGUGCAGCCAUUGAGUCUCUGCGCGAUGCAUUCCGGAUUGCGAAGCACGACGCCUACACCAAGGACAACGUGGCGGAGAUGGUUGCACCCAAGUCUGAUUCCGAUGAAGACCUUCUGGAAUACUGGAGGCAGAACAUGUCCUCCAGUUGGCACAUGACGGGCACAGUCAAGAUGGGCAAGCCCGGGGAUGCUGAUGCCGCCGUUGACAACAACUUCCGGCUGAUGGGCAUUGAGGGUCUCCGCGUGGCUGACAUGAGUGUCGUUCCGGUCUUGGCAAGCUGUCACGUCCAGGCCGUGGCGUACGUGACCGGAGCCACGUGCGCAGAGAAGCUGAUCAAGGAGUACAACCUUGCGUGA